AUGCUUCCAGAUGAUAUUGUUCUGGAAGUAUGUAAAUAUUUAUUAUGUACUGAUAUUCUCUAUUCUUUUAUUGGGUUAAAUUGUCGAAUGAGACGAAUGAUCAAACAAUAUCAUUAUCAAGUAUCAUUGUAUAAAACAUCUUUUUCAAAUUUCAAUUUCUUAUACAAAAAUGUUUUUCCUCAAAUUGGCUCUCAUAUUUGUUCAUUAUUAAUCGAUCGUUAUUAUUCUGUUUUUCAACAAGAAUUAUUCAUGGAUUAUUUUGGUAAAAAUACGUUAGUGAUAUUUUCUAACUUGGAAAGAAUUAGUCUUGUGUCAUAUGAAUACAACGAGUUAAAUAGUAUUCUUAAUAUUUUACAUAACUUACAUUUUCUUAUUGAAAUACGUCCAUGUGUACUUUUACGUAUUAAUUUGAGAACAAUCGGAGAUUUACCAUCUCUCUCUACUGCUGUUCCGAAUGUACGGUACUUAGAUGUGUUUAUUCAAACAACAGAAAUUAUAUGUGAAUAUUUUGAUGAUAUGAAUUUAUCACCAUUUCUUUACCUUACUAAUUUUCGAUGUAUAUCUCUUAUGUAUGAGUGGCAAUCAGAAGAAUUAUUUAUUCAUAUGCCAGUAGUACAACAACUCGUAAUUUUUGUCACAAUAUUAGAUAUACGUUUUAUUGAAAAUGAUACUGUUCAACAAUUUAAUUAUGCUAUGUAUGAUUUUUCUGAUAUCUUAUUUGAUCCAGUUGAUGAGAUUAUUGCAUGUCGGCCACAGUCAUAUUCUACUAAAGAGAAACUUUUAAUAUCACAUGCUUUAUCAUGGAUGUUUGCAGGUAUUUCAAUUAUAAAUUGUACUGAUAGAAUGAUAUCACCAUUCGGUCGAGUUAGAAAAUUUAUUAAAAAAUCCCCAAAUAAAAGAUAUUCUACUGAAGGUAUGUAUUUUUAA